UGGACAAACCACCAGUCAUAAGAUGACGUCAGCAAACAGCACAAAAAAAAACAGUGAAGCCUUUCUGCCAUACACAGAAGCAGCUGAAGCUUUAGGAGAUUUUAACUCUACAAUAAUGAGUGAGUCACUGGUCGUCUGCGAUGUGGAUGAAGAUCUGGUGAAAAAGCUGAAGGAGUUCCGUUUUCGAAAGGCAACCAACAAUGCAGCCAUCAUUAUGAAGAUUGAUAAAGACAGGCAGCUCGUCAUUCUGGAUGAAGAACAUGAGGACAUUUCUCCCGAUGAGCUGAAAGAUGAACUUCCUGAAAGACAACCCAGAUUCGUGGUCUACAGUUAUAAGUAUCAACAUGAUGAUGGGCGUGUGUCCUAUCCUCUCUGCUUCAUCUUCUCCAGUCCAGUAGGCUGCAGACCAGAGCAGCAGAUGAUGUAUGCAGGGAGCAAAAACAAGCUGGUGCAAACGGUUGAAAUGACCAAGGUGUUCGAGGUCAGGAACACAGAGGAUUUAACAGAAGAGUGGCUCCGAGAGAAACUGGGAUUCUUCCGCUGAAGUGCUGGUCUCUGGAGGUACGAGGUGUGAGGAGGAUCCAGAAACGCCACGCUCCAUCUCGUGCUCUCUCUCUCUCUCUSUGUGUGUGUCUGCACAGACCUGAUCAAACAGUGUUUACAGGCCAUCUCAGUGGAGUCUCACAGCUCAGUGUGGCACCAAGUCCAGACUGAACUUUCAGCUCCGAUUGUGUUGUAAAAAUCUGCAAACACUGUUUAAUGCAGGUCUGUUUUUAUGUUCCAGUGAUGUUUGUAUGGUUUCAUUUUCCUGUUGUGGUGGUAGAAAACAGAAAUCAGUUGUAUAGAUUCACCUUUCAGUUUGUGUUGAUCCAGGAGGAGUUAGUGUCUGCAACAAAUUUCUGUUUCCUUGUGAAAUGUUUACACAACUUURACCAACUCAGAACCUCCUCAUUUUAACCACUUUUACUUUUUAAUUUGUUUUUUUUUUAUAUAUAUAUAAGUUUAGAAACACUUGUUUUAUUUCUGUUUUCUUGUCUGUAAGACUGGUUAUUUUGUAAAUCAGUGCGUUUCAUUCUGCUUUCUGCUGCAACAUAGAACAAUUAUAGCAACAACACUACUGAUGUCUCCUUUAGUCCUCCAGAAUUUACAGGAUUUACUGAAGGACAUUUAAAUGAAUAUACUGUAACUGAACUCUAAAAAGAUGGUUUACUCAUACAUGGUCAUUAAUAAAUCACAGUAAGUAUCUUAA